UUGAAGCGGCUGCCUCGGAGCUCUCCGGUAACAGAGACGGUAGACGGUCUCUGACUCACGCUGACGAUCCGCACACAGCAACAUAUCAGACUCCACCUGACCUGCAACCUGACAGGAGGUUUUUGAUGAAGGCUUAGGGCAACUUUACUCGGCUUUCUGGUGUUUUUUUUUUUUUUUCCUUCCUUCAUCCUGCCCUUGGCGGCAUAUUUCUCUUGUAUCCCGGGCAUCAAACAAAGUCAGAAUGCAUGUUAUUGCUUCAUAAACACCAGAUGGCGGGUGGUUGAAAUAAAACACAUCACAGAGUGCUGGGACGGGACAAGGUGUUUUCCUAACCUCUUCCAUAACAACUACGGACGAGUGAACUUGUUUUUUUCUUCUUCUUCUGGUUGCGCGCGGACCUUGUAGCCUAUUUCCAUCCCUUAUUUUCCUCAAACAUCAACGACACCUUUCUUUCCCUCCUCCAAACGCCACUUCUUCUUUCUCUUUCUUCAACUGUCAUCACUUUGUAAAACACCAGCCACCGCGGAGACAAGACUUCACUGCCGGCGGUAAAAAGGAAUCAAAAAUAACAAUUUAGUCUACUAAGGCACCGGAUUGGACCUUCACAAGGAUGCUACUCCCGCACCGACACUCCUAGACGGGUCCAAACAGCCGCUGACAACAUGUUCAGGCGAGGUUAUGGCGGGGUGGAGUUACUCUUGGUGCUCUGUGGCCUGGAUCUCUCUCUGCCGUGCCCUCGCCACUGCAUCUGCUACACUUCACCUAGCACCGUCUCCUGCCAGGCCCACAACUACCAUGCCGUGCCCGAGGGCAUCCCCGCCCAGAGUGAGCGUGUCUUCCUACAGAACAACAAAAUCCAGCGGCUUCUCCGUGGCCACUUCUCACCAACCACCACCAUGUUGUGGCUUUACUCCAACAACAUCUCUUACAUACAGCCGUCCACCUUCCACGGCUUCGACCGCCUGGAGGAGCUCGACCUUGGGGACAACAAACACCUGAAAGCCAUCGCUUCAGACACCUUUAUUGGCCUGGGUCGGCUACACGCCCUGCAUCUGUACCACUGUGGUCUGAUCAGCCUGCCUCCAGGGAUCUUUGCGGGGCUCCAUAAUCUCCAGUAUCUCUACCUACAGGACAACCAGUUGGAAUUCCUGGAGGACGACCUGUUCAUUGACCUGCUCAACCUCAGUCAUCUCUUCCUACAUGGCAAUCGACUAUGGAGUCUACGCCAGAACACUUUCCGUGGUCUGGGGGUCUUAGACCGCCUUCUACUCCACCAGAACCGAAUCCAGUGGGUGGACCGACAGGCUUUCCAUGACCUGCGACGCCUCACCACACUGUACUUGUUUAAUAACUCCUUGACUGAGCUAUCUGGUGCCAGCUUGACUCUACUGACAGCCCUGGAGUAUCUACGACUUAACAACAACCCCUGGGAGUGUGACUGCAAGGCCCUGUCACUUUGGGAUUGGCUGAGAAGGUUCAGAGGCUCCACCUCCUCUCUUGCGUGUGUGUCACCACCAGAGCUGGUUGGAAAGGACCUGAAAGAGCUGAAGAAAGAAGAGCUGCCCAGUUGCUUGUCGGUCGAGGGUCAUGGUCAUGGUGGCCCUGGUAGGGAGAUGGAGCACGGAGAGUCUUUGAACCAUCUGAAUCGUCACAGGAAUCAUCACAACCACCAUCAGCGGCCAUAUUUGCCCCACGGGGACCAGUACAGCCUGCCCUCGCCCUCGCCCCUGCCGCGGCCGCCAAAGGGAGGUCGCAGAAACUGUACUCGCAGGGGGCGUAAGGCAAAGGGCGGGCUCAAUGAGGUGCAGGUACACCAGGUGGAAGGUGAGAAGGACUAUUCUCCAGAGGCAGGUAAAUAUGGCAUUUCUGGAACCGCAAGAAGGAAGAACAAGUGCAUCCCCAGAACUUCUGUCCGCCCACCAAGUGGGGUCCAGAGAGCAAAUAACAGAGCAGAGUCCACCUUUGCAGAUUCUAUUUUCUGUUUACCAUCAACUCUGCUGCUAUCACUCAUCUCGGUGAUCCUACGCUGAGAAAGGGAGUGGACACAUUUUUGCAGGUGAUGCAGCCAAUGGAUUCACUCUGCUGAACCACUCUGCCCCAGCUCUUUAAAUGAGGCACAUGCAAAACUGUGUGUGUGUACAUGACUCUGUACAAAGAACAUUAUCAAAUAUCUACUGUCGAAGUAUCCCUGUGGUAUUGUGGCAGGAGUCUUUACGAGUCACAAUAAAGGCAGUCAGGGAAAUCAAUUUAGCAAAGCCCAUUUCUUUGAUGAUGUCACCAAGGGAAACAACAGGAAAAAAAAAAACUUUACAUCUCUCUGCGUGGCACUCAUUGCCUCACAAAAUUGAUGUACUUAAAAAAAAACUGUACAGCCACAUAAAAUAAGGAGCCAAUGAUUUAUUCAAAUAAUUACAAGAAGAAUACAAAAUACAAAUGAAAAUAGUUCAAGGCUCCAUGUUUAGCCCUCUUCACACAAUACUGCUCUCUCAGCUCACCAUCCAUCUGUCACUCAUGCUGAGACAGAGGCACAGUCAUUCUUAACUGUCACACUAAUCACUCAACAGCACCUUAAGAUCCAAAACACUGCAGACACAAGUGGCAGUAACAUGAGUCAUUGCUUUAGCAGUAAAAACUCUAACACGAUAUAUCUUCAAAGUGGUUUUAUUUUGACAUGUCGCACAGUAAGGUGGACUCACUUGAUGGCAUCACACUAUGCUUGACGUUUAGUCGAGAGUCAAGACUGUGAAAAAAAACACCAUUGGAGAUGUGACACAUCUUUAUACAUAACAUUACUCUUUCAUUAUCAUUGCCCUUAAAAGCCAUUCAGAACUGACCUAUCAUUAGAAGAGCCAACUGGUCACAGUCAGUUAAAAUGAGUGAGUGAGUGAACAUGUGAAGAUUUCUGUUUUUUGUACGAGUGUGUGUCCACUUACAAUAAACACUAAAGCCAUGCAGGUAGAACGACACUAGAUUAGCAAGAGUGCCUAACAAGAGCCAAUGAGCCAAAGAGGACAACAAAGCGGAUGGUUUCAUUCACUCUUCACUCUCACAGGCGACAAAAAAAAAAAAGGCCCCAACAAGACUAAAAGGUCAACGGAAAGGGGGAAAAGGAAAAGCUGAGGCCUUAGCCUUUGCUCCAAGAACUUCUGACCCCAAAACCUGUAUGUGAGUUUCUUUGCAAUGCUGUGCUGGCUAAAAGGACAAACAUAUAUCCUUCAAAAACAGAAGAUUCAAUCCAAAACGUCACAGGAGGGUUUUGAAUGCUGGGGGG